ACAUGUUGACAUUUGGUUGUCUCCCUCCUGUCUUGAAUGCAUCUGGUAUCCAAUUAGACAGAGUAUCUCUUUCCAUUUGUUGUAAUAGUCUGUCAGUAGCUAGCUAGCUAGUGGUAUUAGAAGAAAGAGGCAACAAGCAGGCAAGCAAGCAAGCUAGCAAUCAAGAUGACAAUCUCUUGGUUCCAGUCGAGCAGCGUGAUGAGCUCCACGAAUUCGAGUAGCCAUCAUCCUGCCGAGUUUUCUGCUUCGGGCCACAACAGCAGCACCAAGUCCCAUCCCAAGUUAUCGAUUGCCGAGGCCGUCAAAACAUUGCAUCCUUCCAGCAAGAAUCGACAUGCCGUUGAAGCGGAACAGACUCGAUUUUCGCAGCUACUUUUGGAGCAUGGAGAGAAACAUCUACAAGAUUGGGCCGUCAUCGCCUACAGUUCUCCUGCGAAAGAACAAGAUAUGAAACACAACUCCACGGCAGCGCCCAACCACAACAACAGCAACAAUAAGAGACCCACCAAGUCACUAGGAGUCAUUCACCAUCAUGCCGCACAACCGCAGCAACCACCCCCCAAACGACGCAGUCACAAAACAUCCAAAUCCAAAACAAACAACAACAACUCGAACACUAACAACACGUCGACAGUCGACGCCGAAGUCUAUCCCAGCACGGCCAUGAACAAAAUCGAAGGACGACUUCACUUGUGUUCUCGAUCCAUCGUAUUUGAACCCACCGAUCCCAGUCGCGGCAUUGUCCGAUGUCCCUUUCGCAAAAUGGAUCAAGCACCCACCGAAUAUCCUCCCGUCAGUGAUGCCGUCUCUCUAGGAGAACGCUUUGAAAGCAUGUGCAUUGAGUUUCGAGCUCAGCGACACGUGGUCAUGAAGGAACAUGCCGCACCCGCACCAUUCACCACCGUACCAGCACCCGUCGAAUUCCGAUUCACUUUUUUGCACUCGUCGCCACAACCAUUCUGUGAUCUCUGUCAGAAAUUAUUCACGCUCUGGAGUCAACAACAAAAUUCUGCAUCCCAACAUGAAGUGCCAGAAUUGGACGAACUACUCCAACCCAUGUUGGAACGACCCUUUGAUAGUUCACAUUUGGUGGAUGUCCGAGAACGACCACUCACAUCCACGUCGUUGCAGGCGUCUCUGUUGACGCCACUUCAACGCAAAUCGGGAUGUGUCACGGUGACCACCGAACGCAUCUACUUUCAACCCGCGGCGGGAGCACUCACACCCACCGAUACCAAAGCCAUGCAUUGGAGAGUCCCCAAAGUUGUUGCCACGGCGUGUCGAUACAAUGGAUUGCGCGAUUGUGCCCUCGAAUUGUACUUUCGAGAUGCCACCAGUGUAUUGCUCGCCUUUGAACGCAAGAGGGAUCGAGAACAACUCUUGCGAUUCUUGCCACGACAUGCAUGGUCGUUUACCGACCGAGAAUUCUUGUACCAAGUCGUAAAGGCGUGGCAUGCCAAGCAAAUUUCCAAUUACGACUAUCUUUUGGCACUCAAUACCGCUGCGGGACGGUCGUUUCAUGACCUAAGCCGGUAUCCCGUAUUUCCCUGGGUUAUCAAAGAUUUUGAAUCUGCAAAAUUGGAUUGGAAUGAUAUCGACAAGACGUUUCGAGAUUUAUCCAAACCGGUGGGUGCCUUGAAUCCAGAACGAUUGCAGUACUUUAAAACAAGACUGGAAGGAAUGCAAGAUAUGGACGAUUCCUUCUUGUAUGGAACGCACUACAGUACGCCGGGAUAUGUCUUGUACUUUUUGGUGAGAAGCAUGCCGGAGCAAAUGCUGUGUCUACAAAAUGGCAAAUUCGAUGCCCCCGAUCGAAUGUUUUACAGCAUGAAUCACUGCUUCAAUUGUGUGCAGUCCAACCAUGCCGAUGUUAAGGAAUUGCUCCCAGAAUUCUACAAUCCAGAUGACUAUGACUUCCUUAUCAAUGCCAGAGGAUUGCAGCUGGGAGCCACGCAGACUGGGGAACGAGUGGAUGAUGUGAUGCUCCCGCCAUGGGCAAAGUCCGCACGCGAUUUUCUCCGAAAGAGUCGAAAAGCUCUCGAGUCGGAACACUGCACUAAAAUGCUACCGAAAUGGAUUGACUUGAUCUUUGGAAGCAAAUCUCGAGGCGAUGCCGCCAAAGAAGCCGACAAUCUAUUCCAUUCCUGUUGUUACCUGGGAGACUUGGAUCUCGCAGCCAUGAAGACCGAACACGAUCGGUUCCAAGCGGAACUGCAAGCCACAGAAUUUGGCUUGGUGCCAGAUCAAUUGUUUGUCACGGAACAUCCAUCGCAGGUAGAUCCCAGCAAUCCUGCAGCAUCCACGCUGGAUGAAGCUGCUCUGGAAAGCGUGAUCAACCCUGCGUUUGGUACAUCGCGGUCUUUGGCAGGGAGCCGAGAUUAUGAUUCGGCUUCUGGCACCAAAGCAGAGGCAUGGGAGUUGUUGGACCCGCCGUCAGAUCCGUCAAUCCCCAAUCAAACGUCGUCGGGUGCUCUUGUCCGCCCCGAACACAACGAUCUUCAUUCGAGGCCAAACGCAAUGACAACGGCCACGACGACAUUUCUCCAGCAGCAAAAUGCUGGAUCCAACAAUCCAUUUGGAGGCUCCUCCAGUCGUCCACACAACUUGCCUCUGAGUGGGUCGGGUGACACGGGUGAUGGAGGCCCGGCUGGACGGGGCGCAUUCUCCUCGUUCGGCGCCGCUGAUAAUGGCAGCAAGAGCAUCCAGGCAACCCCUUCUUAUGAUAGCGCUACCAGUGUUAGUCCGAGGCAUCAUCAUCCCGCUGAGUCAAUACAAACUCCUACCGAAUGGGAUAUGAAGUUAUUAGAAAGACGCCAGAUCCAUGGAGACGCCGUAAGCGGAUGCGAGCUUGUGCUGGCAGGGGAAGAACAGACCCAACUAUUGGCUACAACCUCCUUGGAUGGAGGUCUGAUGGCGCACACAGUAUCAUUAGCUCCGCAAGCUACGGAAGAUCCAACUCGACGUGGCUUUACAGGAACCCUCAGUCGAUUCUCGUACAUGUCCAUGAGCCGAGGCCAGGCAGCUACAUCUCCUCAAUCCAAACUUACCGAAUUCCGUCGACACUCCGCGCGAGAUCCUCUGGCAUGUUUGGUUCUGACAAGCGAUGGUGCUGGCGGGCAAGUUGCUUUUGCGGGAGGGCACGACGACGUUGUUCUGGCAUAUGGUAUCAAUUCAUCCUGCGCGGUUGCGUCGGUUUACAGCCACCGCGAUGCUGUGACUGGGCUCGAUUUGAUUCCACGAAUGUCAACGUCAAACAGUGCCUUAUGGCUCGAAAAGGCGACGCAUGUAAUGGUCAGCGGCAGCUGGGACGCCACUGUAAAAGUUUGGUCGGUGACAGUAGCCAAGGGCGAGACCGUUUCGGUGAACAGAGAACCGCUCGCUGAACUCUACGAUGCGGAUUCGUCUAUCGUCUGUGUGUCAGCCGUGUCGGUGCAACACCUGGAACCAAACGGAGGAGCUGUUGUUGCUGCAGGAUGCGCUGAUGGCAGCUUUUGCGUAUGGAACUUGCACGGCGAUGGAGUAACCACUGUUAUUCACAAUGAGCCAGCCAAGCGAGGAUCAGGUCCUUGUUCAGUGCUGAAAUGGAGCACCGAAGGUGGAAAGAUCAAUUUGUUUACCGGAUUUUCGACAGGGAAGGUGGCGUCGUUGACGCUGGAGGGCGGAGUACUUCGCAAGGAAAGCGCCCUCUCUUUUGGCGUUGCGGUCAAUGCCUUGGUCUAUUCAGAGGGCAUUCUCCUCGUCGGUUGUGCAGACGGCGGCUUAAGAUUGAUCCCUGUGAGCAAUGGAACCAAAUUCGAUGGGAAGCCAUCCCUCUGGCCAGCUGUGAACAACAGGAAUUCCCCGGGCAUUAGCAGUAUCAAUGUCACGUACGCACAAGUGGAGGGCCGGAUGAUGUGCAUCUGUUGCACAGGGGCCGAAGAUGGAAGUGUUGCCUUGUUUGAACUGAAACGAGUGGUGCGCACAUCUGGGUUCCUUUCAUCGUAAAGGGACCCUCGUUUUGCAUCCUUUCAUCUGUGGUCAAUGCUGCUCUGUGGAAUGCGGACCCAUACUACAAAUUUUGCAUGGUUGGGGGUUAUUCUUUCAAUCUAUUACAUGUACAUGUAGAACCAUCUCUUGAUACAUCCUCUGUGUUUGGGCGGUGGACUGGAAUGUGCCUUCGUCUUGUCGACUGUUCGUAUCACUCAAAUCACGUAGCUACGGCAGUUGCUUAGCUGACGGUGGCGACAGAAAUCAAGGGGCUUUAAAGCAACACGAACAAUAUGGAAGUGGUAUCAAUCCAUCCAGCGCGAUUGAGUCCGUUUACAACCACCGAGACGCAGUGACUGGGCUACAUUUGAUUCUAUUCCAGGUGUGUGGACGUCAAAAGGCCACGCACAUCAUGGUUAGUGGCAGCUGGGAAGAAACAAACAGGGGAACACCAAUGGAUGUAGACGAGGACAAAACCAACAGAAGCAAAGGAGAACGGGGAUGGAGCUUUGUCUGAUACAGUUGAACAACGGAUACAUCCCCCACAGAAGCAAACAAGGACGAGGAACCAACCGAAUCAAACAUUCUUCAUCAUCAACAAUCCAGCAUCUACAAUCUCUGUGUUUGGCGGUGUACUGGAAUGCGCCGAGUCUCAUUCGCAACAUGUGGACUGUUCGUAUCACUGAAAUCACCUAGCUACGGUAGUUGCUUAGCUGAUGGCAUCAGCACACAAUCAAGGGACUAAAGCUACACGAACAACGACACCCACGCCCAGAGUACUUCAAGGCAAGAGACUACAGUCCGUAUUAGAGGUAGAGGCCUUUUAAAAGGCGACACUUUGGACAUGAUUCGUGCCCCUUUCUCAGAAAAGGAUUCCGAUAUCAUGUCGGUGUUUUCGUCCAAAGAUCAGCACUGUGGAUUGUCAUCCUCUUUGAGAAUCGGUCAAAGGUCAAAUAUCGAAUUCAACCAAACUCUCCAAACGAGCAGAAAACUCUCAAUUUAGUUCUUUUCCAUUAUUUUGUUCUUCAGACGUGUCACUGGUCGAAGCACCCCAUCUUCAUCUUCCAUCCACUUAUAGUUUCCAGCGGCUGUCACACGGUAGUCCUCUACAAGACGAGAAAAAGUAAAGAAGGAUGGGCUGCAAUGAUCAGAAAGUGUUCCGGCAAGAAGUGGAAGAGGAGUUUCACAUCAGUAUCGUGCGUACCUGAAGGAUCAUACACAUUCUUGUCUGCUUUCUUCAUCUUAUCAGAUUCGCCUGAAAAGAUAUGAAGCAACCGAACGAAUAUUAGAAUAGAUUGAAUUCACCCGAAACCGUCGUUACACAAUCAAGAGAACAACACUGAAAAGCAAGAAUUGGACGCACCGUAGAAAUUACUUUUCCUCUUUCCGUAGAACGAUGCCCCGGCACCCAAACGUCGGGCAGAAGCAUCGUCGACAAAGGCAUCGAGCUCUUCAAAAAAGUUCUUGAUACCACCAAACAGGCCACCUUUGUUUUCGUCUUCAGCAAAAAGAGCAGUCACCGCAUGGUUGCUUUUGGGGACUUGGCUUACAAAAGCCAAUGCAGCGGGGAGCAGCAGAAGGAGGGAAAGGAACGACUUCAUGGUGGUGUUCUCGAUCAAUGGAAUGACAAACUCAGCUGGAAAGCAUUUACUUUGCUAAUGAUCGAGCCUGCUAAAAAGGGGGGUUCUUUGUUCUUUGACAAUGGACGUGGCAUUGAAUUCUGACUCCGCAUUGGUUGCAAAAAUGAAUAAAUAAAUAAAAUAAAAAUGAGGCCCCAACCCUAAACCGUUUUCAAGCCUUGCUUGGAACCGCCUCAUAACUGCGCGUAACCACAGCGGUUGCCUUCAUCCCGCGGACCACAAAAGACACCUUCACCCCUUUUUGGGCCACCCUGCUACAGGCGGAGAAGUGCAAAGAAUUUGGCUACAGCGUAUGGGCUGGGCUAGCUGGUGAUACUGGCCCUGCAACAGACAGUGCACUGAGAACUUUUUGUAUUUGGGUAGUCGUCAUCUAUAGUUCGUUAUGCUAAAGGUACGAGUAUUUGUGCCGGUACGCUACCGGAAGGAAGUAUGAAGCUAGAUCAGCCUCGGAAGAUUUGGCACAAAUACAGUUCUCCGUCUGCACCUCGGGCGGUGCCACAUCCCAUUUCCUUGUAGCGGUUGUCAGUCAUGUUCCGAAGAUCACCAACGUUGUCUACCAUUUGUUGGUGCAUUGUUCGGAUGGAUGUUCCCGCUGCUACAUUCUCGCCGAGGAAAGUGCAGGUAUCAUCAGCGAGUUUGGUUUGAAGUUCUGCGGGGUUGGAGUGUCGGACUGCACCUUCUAAUGCCAUAACUUCUGCGUGCCACCUGGCCACUGCAUCCAAGUGGCUUGAUCGUGAUAUAGCAGGGAUAGUACGCUUUGUCCUUUCCUUGUUGACCAUGAUGAUAUUGUUGCUAAAGUGGGCAGUCGACGGUAGUCGCUUUGACUGUGCCACGGCCUUACCCCAUUCCUUUUGUCGAUCCUCAUAAGAUAGUUUUGGUCGUCUAUACUCUUGACUGGAACAGCUUUUCCAGCUUGUUGCAGUCUCCGAGUCUGAGUUUUCACUGGUGUCGAUGCUUCGCAAGCUCAUGGCUUUCUUCGAAAGGUACUUGCCGCCCAAAAGCUUUGUUGCUUCAGUAGAGUGCUUCUUCUUGUCGCCAUUGAACAGAGCAAGGAGCCUUCGCCUUGUCUUUCCUUUCUGUGUCUUUUGCACAAUGGUUUCCUCCGCGAGGACAGACCUCCUGUUGGUGAAUAGCUUGAAAGUCAUGUUGCUUUGCUUUGUGUUGGUUGUGGUGUGGUGUGUUGGUCUGCUUGUAGGACUGAAUUUGUGAGCAGUUGAAAUGUUGAAAUCACGCGAAGCCGGG